AUGGACAUGUAUGAGCGAGUAGUGAAGCCCAAGGCUGAGACUCCUAUUGCUGAGAACGAGAUUCGUAUCACCAGUAUGGGUAGAGCGCGUAACUGCAUCACUUACGCCAUGGCUCUUUUUCAGGAGAAAGGAUCGGAUGAAGUUGUUUUCAAGGCAAUGGGAAGAGCUAUCAGCAAGACUGUCAACAUUGUUGAACUGAUUAAGAGAAGGAUUCCUGGACUUCACCAGAUCACAUCUAUUGGAUCCACGGACAUCACAGAUACCUGGGAACCUCUAGAGGAAGGCCUUCUUCCAAUCGAGACAACAAGGCAUGUGUCGUUGAUUACUAUUACACUUUCAAAGAAGGAGCUCAACACAUCCUCUGUUGGGUACCAGUGUCCGAUCCCAAUUGAGAUGGUGAAGCCACAAGCUGAGAUUGAUCACGAAGGACGAGAGGGAUCACCAAGAGGCAGAGUGAGAAGAGGCAGAGGAAGGGGAAGAGGUGGCAGAGGUGACGGAUAUGUGAAUGUUGAGUAUGAUGAUGGAGCAAUGGAGCCUGAACGGUCACCUGGUAGAGGAAGAGGGGGCAGGAGAGGACGUGGUGGUCGUGGAAGAGGAGGCUACAGUGCUCCUCAACCUCACUAUGAAGCCCAGCAAGAUGGAGGGGACUAUGGACACAAUGCUCCUCAACAGUAUCGUGAAUAUGAUGAUGGAGGUAUGGAUCAUGAGCGUAGAGGAGGUCGACGUGGUGGCCGUGGAGGAGGACGACAUGGUGGCCGUGGAAGAGGAGGUUACGGUGGUCCUCAACCUUACUAUGAAACUCAACAAGAUGGAGGAGACUAUGGUAAUACUGCCCGUCCACGGGAUCAAAGGUAUGAUGAUGGAGGUAUGAACCCCGAGCGAUCAUCAGGUAGAGGAAGAGGUGGCGGGAGAAGAGGAGGACGUGGAAGGGGAGGUUACAGUGGUCCUCAACCAUACUAUGAAAAUCAGCAAGGUGGAGGAGACUAUGGAUACAGCAAUGCUGGUCCUCCACAGGAUUAUGGAUAUGAUGCUCCUCCUCAGGGCCGUGGACGUGGUGGCCGUGGAAGGGGAGGUCGUGGAAGAGGUGGAGGCCGUGGUGGAUUCAACAGAUCGGAUGGACCACCGAACAAUGCAGCUGCUUGAGUGAGCCAGUGUCGUUGAAUGGACUUUGUUUUGUUUUUCCUUCAUUGUCUAUCUUUUGUUUUUGCCCAUCAAAAGAACAAAAUGUUGCCGUAGAAUAAUUUCUGUCUUUGAUUUUGUCUUUAGGUAUUGUUAUAUGUUAAUUUAUUUUAUGAAUGUUGCCUUUUGUGAUUUUCAGGUUUGUUUUGUUCCUUCUAUAACAUUACCCAGUUUUGUCUCUAUUUUCGAGUUGUU